AUAAGGAAAGGUGAAUUAUUAGUUUAGUUGAUACACGUAAUGUUUUGACGAGGAACUCGACUAGUUUCAAGCCAUGCUAGAGGCUCAUAUUCAUGAGCAGCAUUACGCGACACACGACGCGGCGAUUGUCGCACUGCUACUGGUAGCAGUGCGACAAUCGUAAGCCGAUAACAUAAUAAUUAAUUUAGUAUGUCUCACGAAAGUUACAAUAAAAUCUUAGUUGAUACAGUUUUUAUAGUUCAGCUUUCUACCCGCGGUUUCUAAAACCUUUUUUUUGACCACGAACCCGCUUUCUGCCAGAACGGCGAAGCGAAGAUGUAUAAACCUUCUUCCUCAAAAAAACACUGCUAUUGUAGGUCUUAUACCUCUUCAAACAAUUACUGAUAAGUAUAAAUAAUUUGUUACAUUGUCUGUUGCUGAAAACUAAACAAAAUUCAGUAUUUUGUUUCGGUAUUCGGUAGUUUUUAAGUUUAUCGCAAUCAUAUUGACAGCCAAGCGAAAUAGGACUUCUUUUAAGUGUCCAUAUUUACUGUUUACAUUAAAUGUAGGUAAUAUCAAGUAAGUAUCCAUUAUUUUUGAGUUAAUACCUAUUCUAGUUCACAAUAUUGUUUCGCAUAGGGUAGACUGGGUACGGUUGAAACAAAGGAGGGUUGAAACAAAACGAAUAUCUCGCAAACCGUUGGCGGGGCGGCUAGGGGUCCAAGGGGAGAACGAAGCGGACGACAGGUCUAAACACGAAUCUUAGUGUUGCGUCACUCUCCGCGCGCUUUGGCUGUUUCUAGGGGACCCUAUUGUGUUUUGAUAACCAAAAAUGCCUAGAGUACGCGUAAGAAAGACAUCGAGAGGGCAAAUAGACUUGUCGAAGUACAAAGACGCAUAUGAGGAGGUGAAAACCGGAGGAUCAUUGCGAAAAUCGGCAGAGAAGCACGGAUUAAACCAUUGUUCGCUUCUAAGAUAUAUUCGAAAGCGAGAUGUCUCUGGCGAGCAAGAAAAUCCAGACAUGGGAUAUAAAGCACACAACCGAGUUUUUAAUGAGGUGCAAGAACGAGAGCUUUCAAAGUACUUGAUUCGAUGUGCUGAUAUAUAUUUUGGACUACCUAAGAAGGAGGUAAGAAAACUGGCGUAUGAACUUGUAGUUAAAUAUAAUUUAUCAAGACCUAAAACUUGGGAUGAUAACGAGCUGGCAGGUGAGGAAUGGUUUCGGAUGUUUAUGAGAAGAAACCCCGAACUGUCUCUACGCGCAGCACAAGCUACUAGCCUCUCCAGGGCGACUAGUUUUAACAAAACAAAUGUAGAUUCUUUCUAUGACAAUCUGGCCACUGUCAUGGAUCGUCAUAAAUUUGAGCCUCAGGAUAUAUAUAACGCUGAUGAAACAGGCAUAACCACUGUUCAAAAGCCCGACAGAGUAGUGGCUAGGCGUGGUGCUCAUCAAGUAGGUUCAGUAACUUCGGCGGAAAGGGGUACAUUGGUCACAGUCGCCUUUGCAGCGAAUGCCAUUGGAAAUGUUAUUCCGCCAUUCUUCGUCUUCCCGAGAGUGCGUUAUCAAGAACAUUUUAUUAGAGAUGGGCCCCCUGGCUGCGCUGGAGCUGCUAACCCCUCCGGCUGGAUGCAAGAUGAAACAUUUAUGCAUUUUCUGGAACACUUUAAAAAACAUACAAAUGUAUCUCUGUCUCAUAAGGUGUUACUUCUGCUCGACAAUCACUCUUCACACGUCCACAUUAACGCACUAGACUUUUGCAAGAACAAUGGCAUUAUCUUACUAUCUUUCCCACCCCACUGCUCGCACAGACUCCAGCCACUUGAUCGAUCGGCAUAUGGCCCUUUGAAGAAAGCUGUCAAUUUAGCCUGCGAUGCAUGGAUGCGAAACCAUCCAGGAAGGACAAUGUCCAUUUACGAUAUACCAGGGAUUGUAGCGUCUGCUAUGCCAGUUGCUCUUACGGCUUCAAAUAUUCAAGCCGGCUUUCGCAAAACAGGAACUUAUCCGUAUAAUCGGAAUCUGUUCACUGAGCUUGAUUUCGCUCCUGCAUUUGUUACGGAUAGACCAAAUCCCGAAAAUACCUACCUAAAUGUUAAUUUAGUUCUUUAGUUAAAUGUUACGCGUUGUCGAUUCCGUAAACAUUGCGAAAUAUCUACUUAAUAGUUAUUGCUGAAUUAAAUCUAACAUCCUUAAACGCACCUGUUAUUUGUUUUUACAUAACUGUUGACAUUUUAACACGUUUUACUGAUUAACCUAUUCGAUAAGGGGUUUAUUAUUUACAAAAUGGUCAAGUUUACAUCGCCGUGGUAACACAACAUUUCCUAUUUAGGUAUGUGGCGGCACGGUAGUGCCCCCGCCAAGUCGAACAAAAGAAGCGGCACAGCCGUACCAUCCUUUUCUCGAAGUCAUUCAGGUCAAUUUCUACCGCCUAUAACUUCGUUGUGAAUAAAACAAGAAGCCUGAAUUUCAGAUGCUAAGCAGGCAUUGUAUAAACAUUGUAUAUAAUAUAAAAUAAUAACUUAUCAAAGUUUCGAUUUUUUUAAUACUGCAGAUUAUAACAAAAUUGCAGAUUGAUUUGGCCAUCGCAUGAAAACACAAGCAAACCUACUUUUGUUAACAUUUCUCGUAUUAUAUCGUAAUUCGUAAUCAUGAAAUAGACUAACCAAUAUAAUAUGAGAAUUACGAUGGUCUAUUUAAUAGACCAUCGUAAUAGACUCUAUUGCAUGAUUACGUGCGAUGGCCAAGUCGAUCUAUUUCAUUUUAAACCUAAUAUAAGUGUAAUACUGAUAUAAGAACAUUUUACAUAAUAACUUAAAACAGAAAUUCCUUAAAUAGGGACUAAAUAAAAUAACCGACUUGCUAUUACAUGGAUCUCAAAUCUUUCUACGGUAAGAAAACUGAGGUGCGAGACUUGGGUAUUUUACAUGAUGUUUUUGGUGAUAUUUAAAUUUCGAUCCACGUUCCUAAUUUAAAGUGCAUUUAUAAAUUAAUAGGUCUACUGUGAAUAAGUUUUUAAAUAAAUUAAAAUUACAUUAAGAACUCGUUUCUGAAGCCUAAUUUAUUAUUAUUAUUGCCAGUCACAUUAUCACCUAGGAUCAUAAAAACUGUUAGUUUAAAACACGAUAAGUAAAUACAUAGUAGAGGCAUUUAAUAAUGUCAAUAA